GAGAGAAGAAAGAGCUGAUUAAUAUAUGAGAUCAAUUUUGGAGGGACAAAUAAAUAGUAAUUUGCCAAAAGAAAAUGCAGGUUUAGUGUGUUUGGGCUUAGAUGAGCCGAUGUAUCUUCGAUCAUGGCCUUAUCCAUGGCAAUCACGGACAACUUUUAUGUUUCAGCUAAAUGUUUUGAAAAGUUUAAUUGGUCAGUCAGUCCUAAAUUUUGUGUGGGUCAGGUGUCACUUUCUCUUCUCUACUAAGAAUCAAAUGUGGAAAGAGUAACUUUCAAUUUUGAAGACACACUUCUUCUCCGGCAGCGGUUAUGGCGGUUUUCCCUCUGAAUUCUUCUUCUCCGAAAACCUAGAGAAAGAAAGUUUGUGUAUUUUAGAAGGAAGAGAAGAGAAAAGGAAAAAUUUUGGGAUAAGAUCAAAAGAAAGAAUCAUAUUUAGAGAGCGAAAGAGAAAGAAAGAAUCUUUGUACAGUGAAUUUGUGGUGGAAAUUCAUUAUCCUAAUUCCUGUAGAGACCCAAUAAAGAUAUGGGAAAAGCAAAAUCUUUUAGGAGCAAAGCAGUUCACUUUGUGUCUGAUCUCACCACUGUCUUUCUUAACCCUAUCUCUGAUAAACCAUCUAAGCCUCCUAAUCCGAAUUCUCCUGUCACUGAAGACCUGAGUGAGUCAAAAAGGAGUCAGCUACAGUCAAUCACUGAAGAGGAUACUGGGGAUUUAGCUGAUGGGCCAGAUACUUCUUCUUUUACUGCGUUCCUCUAUUCCUUAUUGUCCUCUUCAGAUUCUGGAGUUAAUUCAAAUGCAGAUGAGAAGAAUGAUAGUGUAGCAGAAAUUGUUGAUCAGCCAUCUGACAGUACAAGGAAAGAGAGUAGCACAAAGAAGAGUUUACUUUCCAGGGGCAAACAAUCUCUUAGAGCCAUUUAUCAAGCUGCGAGAAUCGGUGGAUAUCGAGGUCAAGAGCAAAAGUUCGAAUCUGACAUGAAAUAUACUGAUGAAAGUGAUGAUAAUUUUGAUGGACUUGAGAUGAAGCAUAUGCAGAAUGUGGAGCAGGCUGUUGAAGCCAGAGAGCUUCCAGAUGUUUCUGAGCCUUCAUUGCUUCUGUCGGAGAAAGCAAGAAAUGCCCUUUAUGCUUCCCUUCCAGCCCUUGUUCAAGGGAGGAAAUGGUUAUUGCUUUACAGUACAUGGAGGCAUGGGAUAUCACUUGCAACCUUAUAUAGAAGAAGCAUGCUUUGGCCUGGACUGAGCCUGCUGGUUGUUGGAGACAGAAAAGGUGCAGUUUUUGGCGGCUUGGUUGAGGCACCACUAAGACCAACCAACAAGAGAAAAUAUCAGGGAACAAACAGCACCUUUGUUUUCACGAAUACACCUGGCCACCCUGUGAUAUUCCGCCCCACAGGUGCAAAUCGCUAUUUCACUUUGUGCUCUUCUGACUUUCUGGCGAUUGGAGGGGGUGGUCACUUUGCACUCUACUUGGACGGUGAUUUAUUAAAUGGAUCGAGCUCAGUCUCAGAGACAUAUGGAAACCCGUGUCUUGCACAGUCGGAAGACUUUGAAGUAAAAGAAGUUGAGCUAUGGGGCUUUGUAUACGGUACCAAGUAUGAGGAAAUACUUGCUUUGAGCAGAACAGAGGCUCCUGGGAUUUGCCGGUGGUAAAUAUUCGAGCAUAUAGCUGAUCUUUUGUCAUUAUGAUUGUCAAUGUGGAUCAGUUGGUUUUGUUUGUUGCCUUUGAAUUAUUCCAAAGCUGACGUGUUGAACUGACUCAAAAGCGGAAGACACCUCUGUAGAUAGUCGCUGUAUAUAUAUAUAAUAUAUAUAUAAAUGGAGUUUUACACAAUCCUAAUAAAUGGAGUAUUUACACAAUCUUAAUAAAUGGAGUAUUAACACAA